ACAGGCAACAGGUAGUUUCCUCUUUACAAUCUAGGCUCCCUAAUUGACAAGAUGAACUGUCAAAACGUGCAAUCCAAUCUUUGUGUCGUCAUUUUAUAUAUUUUCUGGUGUGGGUCACGCGACCAUAGUGUAACAGUAAAACCACAGAGGAGACAGGAAUAAAUAAGUGGUCAAACAAGAGGUAGUCAUGAAAUCGAGUUGUGUCUUCGCAGUGCUGCUUUUAUUGGUAGCAUUGCCUUCCGCUAUUCACGGUACCGAUGUCCCCGUAUUCAUCUGGGGCAAACCAUCUGUCACUUAUGUUCCUGCUUUAUCGAGAUAUGCUACUUCGGAAUUUGGAGCCUUGAUUGAAUCACAAACAGAUGAGCAUACGUUUACGUUGAUUUUUGCAGAGGACCGUCUCUCAACCGAGGAUCUGAGCCAAUGCAAGCUAAAUACUCAAACUUGCUUUCGUAACUUGGCGAAGCUGUCGCGUAAAUCCUAUCUGCCUAAUGUGAACGAGCCAUUGCAAAUUUUCCAGCAGGGAACCAACGAGAUUCAAAGUGUCCAAAUUUCGGCUGAUGGCACUCUCAGCGAACGAAUUGUGCCGAAAGGUGGGGCAAUUGCUGUAGUUAAUUUUGAUGGUGAUGACUUUGCGUCACAUGAUGCGCUUAUCGAUAGCUUAUAUAAUAAGCUACGUGCCGAGUUCGGAAACAUUCUAGCCGUAUACACUGGCAAGACUCCUUCCUUCCGCUACUCCAAACUGAUCCGUCGCACACGGCAAGCCGCACAAGCACCAGAUGUCCCCAAGAUUCUGACUGUCGAAAAUAUCUUCCUUAUGGCUUAUGAAAAGUUCGCCGUGGGUGCUUUCGGUAAAAACCUGUCCGAAGUAACUCUGGAAAAGGCUGAAAAGAAUGACACAGGCAGUUCUGAAACUACCCUGCAAAUUGACAUCAAGGGCGCCAGCGGCCCAAUGCUUUCUCUGAACUUCCUUCUCGCUCAGGGUUCGUGGGAAAUUGUACGAUUAACUUACGACAGUGAGCAGUAUUAUUUGCGCCACAGAGUACACAUAAAUCAACACUUUUCCUAUCACUGCAAUAGCCUCCAGUAUUACACGCACGAUAUGAAAAAGCAAAUUAUCUUCGGGGAAGUCCAAUUGCAGCCGUAUUGGCCAACCGAAGGGAGAAGCGAGUUCAAACGUUUCGGUGAUUCGUGGGACUGUGUUGGUUUCACCAGUCCAGGAAUUCUCACCGGCCUCUUCUUGGUGGCUAUCUUCAUUUUCAUUGGUGCGUAUGGUAUUGUCUGGAUGAUGGAUAUUCGUACGAUGGAUCGCUUUGACGACCCGAAGGGAAAGACCAUUAUUGUUACUGCUGCUGAUUAAGCACGUAAUAUAUCCCACCGACUGGUUCAAUCAGCAUGCCCAUUCCGGUAACGAUCCACCAGUCGUUUCAAGAGAAAAAUAAAUCAUUUCAACAUUACACGGAAGAAA